AUGUUCUUUCUCAAGUUGCCUUCGUCGCUAGCAACACUCAAUCUCAGUGUGAACAUCUACAUAAAUACUAACAACGAUUUCUCUCGCUCAUCUCUCGCAUGUUUGCAUAACUCAAAUGACAAUAAAGUAAAAGAAAAAAGUGCAAAUUACCAACGGAUUGAGGGAAUGAAAUGUUAUUUAAAAAGCGAGAACAAGGAAGGAAAAUGGAGCAGUGUCAAGUUGACAAUUGAAGACACAGAAAAGCUUUGUGAUAACCAUCAAUUUCCACUUCAUGAAAGCAAGACUAUUGAAAGAAAUGUAAGGCACAAGAAGUUUUAUGCUUUAGGCUCUUGUCGUAAUUGGCUCAUCGUGAGUUCCAUUUCUAAUCCAUGA